AUGGCUGCCAUGCAGCAAAAUUUAACAAAAAUGGUCUCAGCGCAACUACGCAUUAAAGCUAACGAGUUUUUAAACUCCAGGAAACAUGCUAACAACCUUGCGGAUAUCCUACAAAUGUUUGAGGCUGAGACCGAUAAUUAUACGCCGUUGUUAUUAACAAUCGAAGUGAUAUUCACGGAACUGUUGAAACGCGGUGAUCUUAUCCAAGAAAUAGUCCCUUUGAAGCCUAUAGACCACAGUGCAGAAGCAGAAUACACAAGAUGGUUGCGCGAUUGCUACGAGACAGCGACAACCCGUGCACUCGAAUGCAUCAAACGCGGGCGCUCUUGUUCCCGCCGUCAGGCUCUCAUCACCACCUGCAAGCUGUUGCAGGCUGAAGGCAAAUACCCUAUGGAAAGUUCUCCUGGUUAUUACUUCCCUUCAGUCAGACUUAAGAACAUAUUCUCUGUACUGCUGGAUUCGGAGACAGCGAUGACGGCGCCCAUCGCUCGCUUCCAGGAGUUCACCGAAUAUCGAGAUGUCCAGCAAUACGGGCUUAAAGUUCUUUCCACUCUUGCUUACCGCAAGUCACCAACCCCCAUGUACAUGCAGAACUAUUUAGAGCUGAUGGAUAAACUGCUGGUGAGCGAGAUCCCCGUGGAAAUCAAGAUGAAAGUUAAAGAUAGAGAGGAAGACGAGAAAGAGGAGAAACUGCUGUGUGGCACAGAUGACAAGGCUCCAUUCCCCUACAACCCGGGCGUGUGCCGACGCUAUGCGAACCGCUGCUGGGGCUUCGCAUGCCAGUGGCCUCUCUGCGAAGAGCCUCGCACACACCGCCGCGCGCUUCUACUGCUCGUGGAGAGACUCAUGCCGCUACUCACACGCCCACAUCUCGCUACCGACAUGCUGUGCGACAGUCUCGAUGCUGGUGGUCCAAUAAGCAUGCUAGCGCUGCAAGGCGUGCUGGAACUGGUGCGGCGGCACAAUAUCGAUUAUCCAGACCUGUACGACCGCCUCUACGUCAUGUUCGAGCCAGAGAUGUUCGCCACUCGCUACAAGCGUCGACUUAUGCAUCUCGCUGACAUAUUUCUAAGCUCCACCCACUUACCCGAAGGUUUAGUAGCAGCGUUCGCCAAACGCCUUUCACGAUUGGCACUAGUGGCGUCCCCUGAAGACGCCUGCGGCCUGUUGCAGCUUGUAGCAAAUAUGAUACUCCGGCACCCAGGACUCAAACGCAUGAUUUGCUAUGAAGACUCACCUGCCAUCAUGUCCAGCGACCCAUACGUAAUGGAGGAGACGUGCGCGUCGAACUCGCGGGCGCUGGGGUCGUCCCUGUGGGAGGUGGCGGCGCUGCAGAGGCACUUCUGCGCGAGCGUGUCCGCCGCCGCCGCGCGGGUCCUGGCUGCGCCCAAGGACCGCGCGCAGCCCGUGUCCUUGGCCGCCGGCGACGACAGCGCCUUGUUCGAUGCCGAACUGAAGAAGAGGUUCAAGACCAUAGAGCUAAAUUUCAUACGGCCACAAGGAAUGACGUUGCCUUCUGGCGAACGGCUGCUGCAGUAUUGGGAGCUCAUGGCAUGAACAAGGAUGUAAGUGGUGAUGAAAGAGACUCUGUCUUUUAAGGCGUUUUAUAACUACUCGAUUCCAUCUUACAGGACUCGACUCUAAAAUUAAGACUGGGGAUUCGAGAU